GAAUAAACAAACAGUUAUUACUUGUCGUCUGUCAUAUCGUAUCAACCAUAUCAGUAAUACUAUCUUUUGCACAGUGUAAACAAAACUUAAGUGUUGACAGUCGUAAUAUCAUGACACAAAUACAAUAAAUAAUAGCAACAACCAUUUGUAGAUUACAGUUACCCAGUGGUUUUGCUUAUGUGCUAAUGGCUUACAUUGUACCUUGAUCGUAGUGUGGUAACUAGAAAUGCCAAAAUCCAUUUGUGUGUUGUUUCCGUAGUUUGAUUUCUAAAUAAAGUUUAAAUAACCGAUCAAAUAAGUAGAUCAGAAGUGGCUUUUGUAUUGUAAUAGAUUAAGUAAAAAGAGCCGUUAUUAUGUUACCGGCAACAGAAUUGUGUUACAUGCUCAACAUCAGUGUGUAUUUAAAUGUUGAAAGACCAUUUAUGGAUUCUUGUGAUGAAAAUAAAAAAAGAACUAUUUGUACUUAUCUGUGACAAAAGUCGUGUCGUUAGUUUUUAAGAAAGCUCAAAUGAUGGCAAAUUCAAUCAGGAGAAGUUCAAGAAGACGUAUUGCAGCCAUUAACUUCUUGUCAAAUAUUUCAUUAGAUGGUACUCAACCUGACUCAAAAUCGACUUUUAUUCCUAAUAAUGGAACACUUAUUAAAAAUGGAAAGAACAGUAAACCAGAAGGAAUUGAAGAAGAAUCUGAUGACUUCAGUGACACAGAGAAUUUAUGUUUAAAAUCUAAACGUAGUUUCAGGGAUGUUAAGAAGAGAAUUCAGAAAAUGAAAUAUAGUCAUGAUGCCCAUUCUUUAAGCUCAGACUCAGAGGGUGUUGUGACUCCAAUCAAAUACUAUAUUGAGGAAUCAACUUCCAGAACAAAAGGAAGAAAGACACUACGUGAACGUACGUCGUCAAUUAGUGAAACAGCCAUUCAAGAAAAGAAAAUCGUUCCUAUAAUCAAGAAAAGACUUUAUCAACAAGCAUCAUUUGGAAGUGAUGCAGAAAGAAUGCAUUGUGGAAGCAGUUCAGAAAGUAUAGGACCAUUUCCAGGGCGUACAAAAGUGAGUCCCGCUCCCGCAGUAAUUCCAGAGGUUAACGGGGAACGCGAAAUAAAAAUAAUUAAACCAUCAAAAGAUUACAAAUUCAGGGGAGAACGGGUCGUACUUGUUACGAAAAAUCAUUCUCCGUUUUUAGUAUGUUCCUUUAUUCCAUAUUCGAAAAGCUAUAAGUCAAGGGCCGAUGCAAGAAAGGAGGCCCAUCGCAAACGUCACAUAUCUGGUUCGCGCCCCUUAUCCGUAGGCGAUGGUUUAGACCCCUUUGAAAUGUUAGGCAUCGAAAGAGCUCCAGAUGAUCAGGAAAUAUCAUAUGGUAAAUUGCUAGUACCAACAACGCGCACAGUAAAAGAAUUGCGAGACCGACGUCAUAUUACGUUCGAUGAGUAUAGUGAAUUAUUGAAAUACUCCCCAGGACAUCAUCACGUUGUUGCAAGGACAAAAGUUUUAACCUGGCAACCAGAUUAUAAAUGGUGCUUUUCUUACGAUCACGGGUCACAAAGGAGUACGAGUCUCUUUGCAGCAUCACCACCUGCAGAUCCCAAAGAUGAACUGACAUCAUUGGUUUAUUCCCCAACACUCCUGGAUGAUCCCGAAUUAAUUGCGGGAAAGCACAGAACAUUACUUACAUUUACAUCUUAUAUGACUUCAAUUAUUGAUUACGUGAAACCGUCAGACUUAAAGAAGGAAAUCAAUGACAAAUUUAAAGAACGUUUUCCGCAUAUUCAACUCACAUUGAGUAAAUUAAGAAGCUUGAAACGUGAAAUGAAGAAAAUAGCAAAGACCGAGUUUGGUCCAGAAUUUUUAACAGUCGCCCAGGCAUACGUCUACUUUGAAAAACUCAUACUUCGCGGUUUGAUCAACAAACAGAAUCGAAAGCUGUGUGCAGCUGCAAGUUUACUUUUAUCUGCAAAACUAAACGAUUUUAAAGGCGAAACAUUGAAAACAUUGAUUGAGCGGAUGGAGAGCGUCUUUCGUCUCAACCGCAAGGACCUCUUCGCCUGGGAAUUUGCCGUCUUAAUAGCAUUAGAGUUCAGCCUGCAUAUUCCAACAUGGGAGGUAUUUCCUCAUUAUCAGAGGCUCAUCUACGAAUCAUGACAAGUGCUACUCUACCUUUGCAUGUAUGUAGCUUGCCGUUAACAGUUUUAAUUUCUUUCUUCCAGAUAAAAUUUGCGUUUAUUUUUUAAUGAUUUAUUAUUCACAAAAGAAUAUUAGUUUAGUUGUUAUAUGUGUGCGUAUGUUCUACUACAAAAAAGAGGCAGUCAAACUGUAACAAUUUUUUUCCGAUUUAUUUCAGUUAAACAGUAAUACUCGGAAGUCCUUCACUAUAUGAUAAAAACAAAAUUUCUAGUGUGAUUCAUGAUGUUAAUGUUUUACCUUUAGUUUUAAAUUACUCAGUGGUUUAUCCCUUUUUUCUUUUGUUGAAAAUGAACUCAUUUUAAUCGAUUUUAAUAAUCACAGUAUAAAAAAUCGUUAAAUAAUUAACUAAAUGCUACGCUUCUUUCAUUGUGUUCACUUUAUCUUUUACUCAGUAAUAAUAUAAUACUAAUAUGCAGUAAUAUUUAGCAAAAUAGGAUUUAAAAGUGC